AGAGAAAAUGUGAAGGCUGCCUGGGUUGUGAAAGCUGCUUCCCUAACCUCCUUCCCAUUUCCUUCUCUUUCCCUCUCUGGUUUUGCAUUGCUUUCUAGAUGACCCUUUUUCCUCGGUCAAAUAAUCUUUGCUCUUGUUGCUUAAUUUGAGUGCUCUUCCUCUGGGCUCUUGUUGUUUUGGAGUGGGAAUCCUAAAUGGGUUCUGAUGGAGGAGAAAUGUUGAAGAAUGGUGAUGAUUCAGGGAAGGAGAACUGUUUGUCCAGUAAUUAUGAACAGCAUUGUACAACUCCUCCUCCUUUUUCUUUCACCGCUUUGAUCCGCACACUUUAACAAACAAAGAACAACAACAAUCAUAAUCUGGAACAAAAAUCAACCCAUCUCAUCAUCAUCUGAUCUUCUAAGUUUUCUGUUACUCUACCGUGUGUGUGUUUAAUUUUGUGGCGAUUCCCAAUCAUGAAGAGGCCUGCAGAUUCCAUGGGUGCGCUCAUGUCCAUUUCCCCAACUGCAGAUCAAGAACAGAGUCCGAGAAACAACGGUGUGAAUGGCACGGAAUUCCAGUCGAUGCUGGAUGGAUUUGGUGAAGAAGGUUACGUUGAAGAAUUGGGACAUGUUUCUGAGAAGAAGAGGCGGCUGAGUGUGGAGCAAGUUAAGGCUCUAGAGAAGAAUUUCGAAGUUGAAAACAAGCUCGAACCAGAGAGGAAAGUGAAGCUGGCUCGAGAACUUGGGUUACAGUCCCGACAAGUGGCUGUUUGGUUCCAAAAUCGUCGAGCCAGAUGGAAAACCAAGCAAUUGGAAAGAGAUUAUGGCGUUCUUAAAACCAAUUACCAGAAUCUCAAACUCACUUAUGAAACUCUCCAACACGACAAUCAAGCUCUCCUUAAAGAGAUUCAGGAACUGAAAAAGAAGCUUCAAGAAGAUAACUCACAGAGCAAUCUUUCGGUGGAGGAAGAGAUGACGGUGCCGGCCGAUUCUGAGAAUGCUCUGAUUGAACAAAUGAAGCCGGAAAUUACCGAUCAGUUCUCUGUUCCACUGGCGACAGAGUCCCAAGACUUCAAUUACGAGAGCCUCCACAACAAUGGCGGAGAAGGGGAAGAAGUCUCAUUGUUCCCCGAUUUCAAAGAUGGGUCAUCCGAUAGCGAUUCGAGCGCAAUUUUGAACGAAGAUUACGGUCCAACGGUGGCCAUUUCUUCGUCGGUGGUUCUGCAACACAACCACCAACACUUCAUGACGGGGGCAGCAUCUCCGUCUCCUUCCCCCGACGUGAAACUGAACUGCGCGACGACGGCGCUGAAUUACUUGCAAUAUCAAAAGGGGUAUCAACAACAAACACAGAUGUUUCCGAAAAUGGAGGAGCAUAAUUUCUUCAGUGGAGAGGAGACUUGUAACUUCUUUUCCGAUGAGCAAGCUCCGACUCUGCACUGGUGGAGCUAAUUCCAUGGCGGCAUCAAAAUUUGAAAAUCAAUGGGAUGAAGAAGAUGACGAUCGCGGAUGGAGAAAUUCAGGUGGGGAUUCUCAAUUAAAAAAUAAUUCGGGCUAAUUUUUACUUUUUUAUCCAGUUCGUGAGGGAAAAUGAUGAUGAGAUCGCAAUUGAAAUCUACGUUGUAAAAAUUAAAACAAAAAAUAAAAUUAUCCGAUAGCUUAUCAUAACAAUAUUUAGCUAACU